GGGUGUUCCCCCUCCCCCCUCCUCCCCUCUGUCGCCUCUGCUGCUGCUGUCGACCUUCUUGGUGCUGAGCAGGUCGGCUCUGCGUCCGCUCCCAGCGGGCGCCGGAGCGGCAAGGGCAGGGGAGGCAAGGGCGGUGGGGGUGACGGCGGGGGAGGUGGUGGUGGGGGUGGUGGCAGCGGCGGGGGCGGUGGCGGGGCUGGAGGGGCUAGUGGCAGCGGUGGGGGUGGUGGAGGCAGCGGCGGCGGCGGUGGCCGCGGUGGGGGCGGUGGUGGUGGCGGCAGUGGACGUGGCGGCGGCAGGGGCGGUGGUGGUCGUGGUGGAGGCGGCGGUGGUGGUCGUGGAGGCUCUGGCACUGGCCAGAGUGCGCAGCACCCUCAGUCCUCCUAGGAGCUUUUGGGCUGAUCUCCUCAAGAAGGAUAUCGAUAUCUAUGCUCUUGAUUUUGAUGUUAUUCUCAAAGCAAUGUAUGCAUUGACUAUUAGUGGAGAGGAGGACCAGUACCUGAGUGUUCCGCCUGACCCAGGCAUCCGCACGAGUGAGGCUGCCGCCCUAGGUGCUUGCGUGUCUGCUACCCCAGGUACUGGUGAGGCUACUGCUCUAGGUGCGUGUGUGUCCGCCACCCCAGGUACUACUGAGUCCACUGAGGCACUGCACACCUUCACUCUAGACUCAGGCGCUUCGCGCUGUUUCUUUCGUGACCGCACUGCUCUUGAGCCCCUUGCUCGACCAGUCGCUGUCUCGCUCGCUGACCCCUCUGGGGGUCCAGUCAUUGCGACCUCCUCCACCCUCCUUCCUUGUCCUGCUGUCCCGUCGGGCACACUGUCAGGUCUCCACCUCCCCUCGUUCUCUACGAACUUGGUGGCGGGUUGUGCGCUUCACGAUGGGGGUGUUCACCAGUUCACCCCUGCCUACGAGCGUGUGACACACUGCACGUGUGCUCGGACGGGCCGUCACCUGGCUACCUUCACUCGGCAGCCGGGGUCGGACCUGUACACACUGACCACUGAGUCCCCUCAGGUAGCGGCGUCUGCGUCUGCGUCUGCGUCAGGUCAGCUCUCUGCCCCCUGCUCGUGUCGCUCUCUAGCGCACAAGACUGUCCUCUGGCACCACCGACUUGGUCACCCGUCAGUGCAGCGCCUUCGGGGCAUGCACGCCCGGUACCUAGUCUCUGGUCUUCCUCGGGUACUCCCUCCCCUCCCACCCUCCCUUGCUCCUCCUUGUCUUCCCUGUGUCGAGGGGCGGCAGCGCGCUGCCCCUCACUCCUCCUCGUUCCCCCCGACGACUGCUCCUUUGCAGACGCUCCACAUGGACGUGUGGGGCCCAGCCCGCGUCCGUGGUCAGGGCCAGGAGAGGUACUUCUUGAUCGUCGUUGACGACUACUCGCGCUACACCACGGUCUUCCCCUUGCGCACCAAGGGUGAAGUCCCUGAUGUUCUGAUCCCCUGGAUCAGCAGAGCACGUCUUCAGCUGCGAGAGCGUUUUCGCUCGGAGUUUCCUGUUCUGCGCUUGCACUCUGACAGAGGUGGCGAGUUCUCCUCCGACCUCUUGGCAGCCUACUGUGCCGAGCAUGGCAUUCGCCAGUCGUUCACGCUCCCGGCCUCUCCACAGCAGAAUGGGGUUGCUGAGCGCCGCAUUGGCUUGGUCAUGGAGGUCGCUCGUACCUCCUUAGUCCACGCGGCUGCCCCCCACUUUCUGUGGCCGUUUGCGGUCCGGUACGCUGCGCAUCAGCUCAACCUCUGGCCCCGUGUCUCCGCUCCGGAGACCUCGCCCACACUGCUGUGGACGGGGGAGGUUGGCGAUGCGUCACGCUUCCGUGUCUGGGGAUCCCGAGCUUUUGUUCGCGACACGUCUGCGGACAAGCUCUCCUCCCGCACUGCUCCCUGUGUCUUUCUUGGCUUUGUCCCGGAUGCGUCUGGCUGGCAGUUUUACCACCCCGCCUCGCACCGAGUCUUCCCCUCUCAGGACGUCACUUUUGACGAGUCCGUGCCCUUCUACCGCCUCUUCCCCUACCGCACUGCCCCGCUCCCUCCCCCGCCUCUCUUCCUCGCGCCAGGUGCUGCAGUGGUAGACCCCCUCCCCCCUCAGGGUGCCGCUCCCUCAGGUGUCUCUCAGGUAGACCCGGUUGAGCCUGCCGAGGUAGCUGUCGACUCGCGUCCUGCUGGAGGUGCUGAGCCUGAGCGUGCGGAGCCUGAGCGUGCGGAGCCUGGGGGUGCUGAGUCUGGGGGUGCUGAUCCUGGGGGUGCUGAGCCUGGGGGUGCUGGGUUUGGGGCUACUGAGCCUGGCGUUGCUGAGUCUAGGGGUGCUGCGCCUGGAGUUGCUGAGCCUGGGGGUGCUGAGCCUGGUGGUGUUGCAGUUGACUGUGAGGCGCCUGGAGGACCUCCCUCUUCGCAGCAGCUGCGUGAGUGGUACUCACGGUAUUGCAGCCUCCGGCGGGGUGAGUCUCGGGCUCGUGGUACUGCUGGAGUUGGUACUCGUGCUUCCCCACCACGGCGGGAGCCGCCCUCUUCCCCUCAGCUUCGAGAGUGGUACGCUCGGCACAUCAGUCUCCGUAGUGGAGCUGCUGGUGCUGGGGUCCCCGGAGUUGACGCUGCUGCGGGUGCUACGGACCCUGGUGCUGGAGGUGCUGCUGCUGCUGGCGGUGCUGCUGGAGGUACUGCUGCUGCUGGCGGUGCUACUGGAGGUGCUGCUAGUACUGAGGACCCGGGCGUUGGAGCUGCUGUGGGUGCUACGGACCCUGGUGCUGGAGGUGCAGCUGCUGCUGGCGGUGCUGCUGGAGGUACUGCUGCUGCUGGCGGUGCUGCUGGAGGUGCUGCUGGAGGUGCUGCGGACCCUGGUGCUGGAGGUGCUGCUGCUUCUGGAGGUGCUGCUGCUGCCACUGGUGUCUCUGCUGGUUCGAGAGCUGCUGCACGGCCACGACCGUACUUCGUUCCGCUCCUUCAGCAGGUUCUUGGUCAGCCUCCUCCUCCUUGUUCUCCUCUCGCCUUAGAGUGUCCGCCGUCUGUCCAGUCACAGCCACAGUUACCGCCUGCCUCCCCACUCCCUGUGCCUGCUCCUUACAAUGGUCCGACUGACGGUCUUGCUGAGAGACGUGAGCCUGCGUCACGUCCUGUGUCACCUGCGUCUCAUCGAGCGUCGCCUGUUCGAGCUGCUACCACUGGUAGUCGUGUCCCGCGUGAGCGUCCUCCUACUGUCCCAGGCACGCACCAGAUGGCACUUCGUCAGUCCACUGCUCGGCAGCGUGUUGCUCUCCCGUCGCCUCCUGCGUCCUCUCUUCCUGCUCUUGCUGACCCGGAGUCAGACUCCCUUCGCGCUGCCAGUCCUACUGUCACACGUCUCCUGGCUACGGCUGUCACUGACCCUUCCUUUGAGUCCGCUGCUGCGUCUGCCCUAAUCACUGAGCUUGUCGACUUUGCAGCUGCGUGUCGUCUAGACUACGCAGCGAAUCUUGUUGCUGAGUCUGAGUCUGCCUGUCCUCCGUCCGUCGGGGGUGAGUGUGCUCUUGGCACGGACGUCCUUGCGGACAGGCAGGAGGAGUUUGGUUGCCUUGUCGCUGCUUUGCCCCAUCUCGUGUCCAUGCUUGUUGCCCCUGAGGGAGACCCGGAUGCACCAGACAUCCCGACCCCACGCUCUUACGCAGAGGCGAUGGCCGGUCCCUACUCCUCUCAGUGGCAGUCAGCCAUGGACACAGAGAUGGCUUCCUGGAAGUCCACAGGCACCUACGUCGACGAGGUUCCCCCACCUGGGGCGAACAUCGUCAGUGGCAUGUGGAUUUUCAGGGUGAAGCGGCCGCCGGGCUCUCCGCCUGUCUUCAAGGCGCGUUACGUUGCACGAGGCUUCAGUCAGCGAGAGGGAGUUGACUUCUUCCAGACCUUCUCUUCCACCCCAAAGAUGACUACUCUUCGGGUUCUGCUACACGUCGCCGCUCAGCGUGACUACGAGCUCCACUCUCUUGACUUCAGCACAGCUUUCUUGCAGGGCAGCCUGCACGAGGAGAUCUGGCUGCGCCGCCCACCUGGCUUCACUGGGUCGUUCCCUCCUGGCACCCAGUGGAGCCUCCGGCGGCCAGUCUACGGUCUCCGCCAGGCGCCGCGUGAGUGGCACGACACACUGAGGACUACCCUUGCGGCUCUUGGGUUUGCUCCUUCUACUGCUGACCCGUCGCUGUUUCUGCGCACCGACACCUCGCUGCCGCCGUUCUACAUCAUCGUGUACGUCGACGACUUGGUCUUUGCCACUGCGGACACUGCCGCACUCGCCCACGUGAAGUCCGAGCUGCAGAAGAGACACACGUGCACAGACCUGGGUGAACUGACAAGCUAUCUUGGCUUGCGGAUCACCCGGGACAGAGCACGCCGCACCAUUACCCUGACUCAGUCACACAUGGUGCAGCAGGUCCUUCAGCGCUUCGGCUUCACGUACUCCUCGCCUCAGUCCACUCCUCUGCCUACGGGUCACUCGCUCUCAGCUCUGCCUUCGGAUGAGUCCGUAGAGUCGAGUGGUCCGUAUCCAGAGCUUGUGGGCUGCCUCAUGUACCUGAUGACCUGCACUCGACCUGACCUAGCAUACCCUCUCAGCAUCUUAGCACGCUAUGUUGCUCCCGGCCGUCACCGGAAGGAGCACAUGGAUGCAGCUAAGAGGGUGUUGCGCAACUUGUGCAGUACGUCGGGCAUGGGGCUAGUGCUUGGAGGGCGAGACCGGCCUGUUCUCACUGGGCACUCAGACGCUUCUUGGGCAGACGACCAGGCUACUCAGCGGUCGUCUCAGGGUUACACCUUCAGUCUUGGCUCUGGCUCUGUCUCUUGGCGUUCUACUCGUUCUUCUUCUGUUCUCAGCUCCAGCUGUGAGGCUGAGAUCUACGCCACGGCCAUGGCUGCCCAGGAGCUUCGCUGGCUCACCUACCUGCUGACUGACCUUGGAGAGCAGCCUCGUUCUCCUCCAGUGCUGUACGUCGACAACAAGGCAACCAUUGCCUUGUGCCAGGAGCACAGACUGGAGCACAGGACGAAGCACAUUGCUCUGCGUUACUUUCUAGCUCGAGAGCUACAGCAGCGUGGUCAGCUUCUUCUGCGUUACGUGGCCACUGAGGCCAACACUGCUGAUGUGUUCACCAAGGCGCUUCCGCCUGUUGACCAUCAGCGUUUUUGCACUCUUCUAGGCCUUGUGCCGACUGUUUCUCACUUACUUACUUCUUGA